UAAAUUAGCAACUAGUAAUAGCCUUGUGCCUAGCCUUGUGUGUUAAAUACGAUAAGCAAUAAUUGGCAUCUGCGUUAAUGCACAAUCAACGGAUAUCGGCAACGUCAAAAUGGAUCUGCUUGACUCAAUACUUAACUCAAUGGAUGCUCCGCCAACCACAAAUGAACAGCAAAAGACGCUGAUCAAAAAACAGCGGGAAAUGGUGGAGCGGAUGCAAAACAAGCAAAAGGAGGAGCUGUUGCGAUUUCGAAAGUACGUCGAGGAGAGGAUGGGACGAUUUGCUAAGGAUGAUCGCACAUACAUUGAGUUCCAGCCGUUGGACAAGGUGCAUCGUUCAGUUAUACACGAAAUAGCGGAAAAUGGUGGUUUCAUAGCAAUGAGCUUUGGCCGCGAGGACGAGGACCGGCACUCGGUAGUCUACAAGAAAGAACACCCGCCCAGCGAGGACGAGGUAACAGCCCGUCGUAACGGCGAAGGCUGGAGCAAGGACAUAGCCAAAGAAUACUGUGAGCGGCGGAAAGAGCGCCUAGCUCAUGAGCAAAGUCUGAUCGAUAAGCAAUCCACGUCUGAAGCGGGCUCCAGCGCAGCUCACAGCUCCAGCACGGACGCAAGCGCUGAAGUGAAACCAACUACCAAUUAUAAAACAAAAUAUGCCCACCUUAUCGGCGAAUCGGCGGCCCUGCAAGCGGCCCGCAAAACAGAAACAAAUAUAAGCUACGGCUUUGUGCCCAGUAAGAAUAAAAAGGACAUGCGGUCCAUUGAGCAGACUCUGGCCGACAUACAGGCCAAGAAGCGUUUGAAAUUGCAACUGCAACAGCAGGAACAGGAGCAGGAGCACGAACUGACAGCGUCGCAUGCAGAGGAGAAUCAUGAUGCAGAACAGCGAUAAAAAUAGUUUUUGCGGAAAGUAGUAAUAAGAUAAUGUAUGUAUGUUUUGUUAGAUAUUCACAGUUAAUCUGAUGAGAUGUUGGGCAUACACGAAUAUGUUCACAAAUAUGUAUCUGAAAGCAAUUCAAAUUGUUGGCCAGUUAAGAACAUUAGCUGCGGAUUUUUUAAAAAAAAGUUAUAUCAACUGCAGUGUCCAAUGAGCAAUUUCUAUUUAUAUAAUAAAACAUAAAAUGUUAGUCGAUAGCAACAAAACUAAAGUGCUGUUUAUUAAAUGCCAAUUUUUAAACUAAAAAUGACCGAAAUACUACUGAAACACGCCCGUUUGAUAAGUAUUUUUUUAAAACUCACUAAAAUUUACCAAUUUUAGAAGUGAAAACGACACCACGUGGAUGUGGCUCAUAGCGUGGUUGGAAACAGCAAAGAAAUGUUCAUAAAAGUUUUUUAUUAUACCCUGAACCUAUUGAAAAUGGGUAAAAAGGAUAUCUUUUAUAACCUUCAAUAAUUGGCUGUAGCAAUUACAUUGCAACAAGACACAUGGGAAUUGUGAUGUCUUCCAUUUUAAUGAAGCAAUUAAAAAGCUAAGACUUUGCACAUCUGGCAAGUUUGAGAUUACGUCCAAUGGAGUACCUACGUGUUGGCCAAGUAGGACCGGGUUAUUCUUUUCUACCUGAAGGAUGCUGCACUCGGAUAAAAAGAAACAACUCCAAGAUGCCAAAUAGACCUGAACCCCAGUGAAUUCAGCAUUUACUUGUAGGGCUUCUAAUACCGUGUUGCGUCUGGAAAAUAUGCUGUUUCUAAUAGAGUGAAGCAACUCCCAGAAUCAUAAUGGAUCUGAACUCAAUGUAAGAAUAUGCUACCGAUCCCACACAUAAUACAUAACCAAUUAGAAUGAUGAUAACUUUGAUAGGGACAUCUGAUGUCUAUGAUUGAUUUAUCGCUUUUUAUAAAACUGAUACAAAACAAAGCAGAUAUUAUGAUGUACUUGGUUUUUGCAAUGCUUAACAAAUUAUUUUAUUUCUUUUAGGAAUCUACUUGUCGGUCUACUAAUACCGUGUUGUGCCUGGAAUGGACUUGAACUCUAUGAGCACACAUCCAGUGGAACACCUAAAAGUCUGUCCAAUUGACCUCAGAGAAAAAAAUGAACAUGUUUAAGGAACAUAUAGAUAUAGAUAUGUUCUGGGAGUAUUGUUUGAUUAUUAAGAUGUGCACUAUAUUUAAAUGAUAUAUGUUAUUAGAUGCAUUUUUGGCAAAUAAUAGUGUUUUCUUUGAGUAAAAUACUGAAAAUAUAAA